AUGCCGUCCAGAAUCUAUCACUCACUCUAUCCUCCGGUCAAGCUGAUCGACAGCGACCUCUUGACCUACCUUUUUUCGAAUCCGAGAAACACACCAGACGAUAAACCGAUAUUUAUCGAUGCAGUUACAGGAGCUAGUCGCAGCUAUGGAGAGAUUAAACGCAGAACCCGGUCCCUUGCGCAUGGUCUGCGAGAGUUGGGAGUCAAGCCGAAAGAUGUUGUUGCGUUGUUCAGCCCCAACAGUAUUGACUAUGCUAUUCUUUGCUAUGGAAUCAUAGGUUGUGGCGCUACCGUGUCGCCGGUCAGCGCAGCAUACACACCACUAGAACUUGCAGCACAACUCGAGACCAGUGGCACCAGAUUUCUGAUAGCUCAUUCCUCGCUCCAUCCAACAGCCGCACAGGCGGUCAAAAAGUCGAAUCCGGCCAUUCAGAUCAUUCAAGCUGAAGGAGUUCGCGGCAAGAACGGCAACCCGACCGCUGAAGCUCUCGCCUCAGACUGUCCGCCCAGUCCACUCGUCAGCAUUGAGCCGAGUGAAGCUGAGGAUCGGCUAUGCUUCAUGUGCUUCUCUUCGGGAACCACGGGGCGAGCCAAAGGCGUCAUGACAACGCACAAGAAUCUAGUGUCCAAUAUUCAGCAGUGGGACGCCCAGUUGCCCACCGAGACUACGGGGAAACAGACGACAGUGGCAUUUUUACCAUUCAGCCAUAUCUACGGCCUCACGUCCUUCGUUGCUAUGAACACCUUUGUGGGCAACACCGCUGUCGUCCUAAGCCGCUUCGAUCUAGAAUUAUUCUUGUCGAGCAUCCAGAAGUACCGGCCCGAAAUGGUCAACGUGGUCCCGCCAGUUAUGCUGUUGAUGGCCAAACACCCCUUGAUGAAGAAGUACGAUCUGAGCAGCUUGCAAAGAGUCUUCUCCGCUGCAGCCCCAUUGAGUAAUGAGCUUCGGGAGGCUGUAGAAGCACGCUUCAAGGAGUUGUAUGGGACCAACCUAUUGGGGCUGCAGGCUUGGGGCAUGACAGAGACAAGUCCGCUGGGCGCAAUAGUCCCUCCGACCCGACCGGACAAGAGGCACACGGUCGGGUGUAUCACACCGAACAUGGAAUACAGGGUGGUCGACCCAGACACGAUGCAGGAUACAGGGUAUGAAUCAGACGGGUCUGCAGUACCGGGGGAACUGUGGUUACGCGGACCGAAUGUGACCAAGGGGUAUUACCGAAACGAAGAGGCCACGAAAAGUGGGUUUGCAUCCGACGAGGAAGGCAAGCUGUGGUUCCGAACGGGAGACAUAGGCACCAUUGACAAAGACGGAUUCUUGACCAUUGUCGACAGGAUAAAGGAGAUGUUCAAGUACAAGGGCUUGCAAGUCAUUCCGUCAGAGCUGGAGGGCAAGCUCCUGGAACAUCCCGACGUUGAAGAUUCCUGCGUUGUCCCGCAGUGGGUCGAAGAACAAGCGACUCAUGUUCCGGUCGGAUUCGUUGUGAUAAGCCAGAAAGCGAAGGCCAGGGGCCAGAAGAAUGUUGUUGCCGACAUUGACAAAUGGCUGAAUGCAAGAGUCGCCAACCACAAGAAACUGAGAGGUGGCAUCCAUGUCAUCGACGCCGUUCCCAAGUCGCCUUCAGGGAAAAUUCUGCGGCGAGAAUUGGCGGCUAUGCUCAAGGAGUCGAGUGCAAGGAGUGGAUCGAAGCUGUGA